CUGUUCAUUUUAAAAUGAGUAAUUAUAAUGAGAGUAUACAACCAUGGGUUGAAAAAUAUCGCCCAAAAGACAUUGAUAGUGUUAGCUCACAAGAGCAAACUAUUGCGGUUUUAAAAACAACACUCAAGUCACAAAAU